UAUCCGGUCGAAGAAACACAGCACACAAAGACAAGCCUUUGAACAACAUUCGACUUUCAUUUGUUUACAUGUUACCCUGGGAACCUCGCAGGGGCAGGGCGUGUUUCUGCUUUCUUGCUCAAACAGGGAAAGCAGGCGCAACGUGGGAUCUGAUGUAAAAGUGGUGGGAGUAUACAUGUCGAUGGUGGGAGCUCAAGACAAGUGCACAGAGAAGAAAAGCAAAGCAUCAGUCAAAUGAGAGCUUGAAAAACCGGAACUGAAGUGAAACCCAGAAUUGAGAACGCAUGACCCGCCGUUUAACCACAGCGACAUCCUGAGUCAGAUGGUUUUAUUAGUCAUGUGUCAUUUGUUCUUUUCUUUUUAGCGGAUGAACAACAAAGCUGCACCUCAGCAGCUGGUCUGCGUAUCGCAAAGGAACCAGACGGCCCACAUGGAGGGAAAAAGCAGAGAGAUGUUUUUAUGACCCUCAACAAACAGCAUGUCGUGUAGGCUGGCACCAUCCUGUCACCAUGAUGCUUUCAGGCUGUUUUCGAGUGACACGUCCAGUAAAAGGAGCAGUUUUCUGUGUCCUGGGUUUGUGUUUCCUUCUACACUGCUACAUCAGCUACGUGGCCUCCCCACUGUCACCACUACUCCCAGUGGGGAGUGUGGAGAGGCCCAACACAUCCAGUUCCAGCUGCCCUCUUGGAUUUUACAGUAAAGAGGAGCUAAAGCCUCGCCUCCAGAGGCCUCUCCAGGACCCCGGAGCGCCAGGUGCACACGGCAAACCCUUCUUGUCAGGUUUGAUGACUCAGCAAGAACAACAAGAGAACCAAAAAGGAUUUAACAAAAACCAGUUCAACCAGUUUGCCAGUGAUCGCAUUUCUCUGCACCGGGACCUGGGUAAAGACACGCGGCACCCAGACUGCGUGAAGCAGAAGUUCUGGCGAUGUCCCGGUCUCCCCAACACUAGUGUGAUUAUAGUGUUUCACAACGAGGCAUGGUCCACUCUGCUCAGGACGGUCUACAGCGUCCUACACACAUCUCCUGCUGCUCUGCUCACAGAGAUUAUCUUGGUAGAUGACGCCAGCACCGAUGAUCACUUGAAGGCUGCCCUGGAGGAACAUGUGGAGAAGCUGCAGAUUGUGCGUGUUUUACGUCAGAGGGAGAGAAAAGGCCUGAUCACAGCCCGGCUGAUGGGGGCGCAGGCCGCUCGAGGGGAGGUCCUCACCUUCCUGGACUCCCACUGUGAAUGUUUCGAUGGAUGGCUGGAGCCUCUUCUGGCUCGGAUUGCAGAGCAACCUUCUGCUGUGGUGAGCCCCAAAAUCAACAUCAUCGAUCGGAACAAUCUGUGGGUUCACAAACCAGUUCCUAGACCUCAGCGUUACAGCCGUGGGAACUUUGACUGGAGGCUGAAGUUUGGGUGGGAGGCUGUUCCAGAAGAGGAGCUGAAGCGCCGAAAGAACGAGACGUAUCCCAUCAGAACUCCUACCUUUGCUGGAGGCCUGUUUGCAGUUUCUAAGUCGUACUUUGAGCAUAUUGGCUCCUAUGAUGACCAGAUGGAGUUCUGGGGAGGAGAGAACUUGGAGAUGUCUUUCAGGGUCUGGCAAUGUGGAGGUCUUCUAGAGAUCAUUCCCUGUUCUGUUGUGGGGCAUAUAUUUCGUAAAAAAAGCCCUCACACCUUCCCAAACGGCAGCUCCGUCAUCACCCGAAACCUGGUGCGCCUGGCUGAGGUCUGGAUGGACGACUACAAAGAGAUCUUCUAUCGCUUAAACAGAGUCGCUGCUUCCAUUUUUAAAAUGAAUUCCUUUGGGGAUGUUUCUGAACGUCGUCAGCUCAGAGAGAAGUUAAGGUGCAAAAACUUCUCUUGGUACCUAAAUAGUGUUUACCCAGAAACAUAUGUCCCUGACAUUCGGCCCACGAUGUACGGGCAGUUGGAAAACUCUGGCUGGCAGUGCCAACUGGAUGUGAAAAAGACAAAAAAGCACUGGGAGCCUGGUCAGAUGGUCACAUGCAACAACCGAAUUGAAGCACAGUAUUACGAGUACACCUCCAAGCAGGAGAUACGGCUCAGCUUUGGCAUCAAGUUGUGCUUACACGCUGAUCCAGGGAAAGCUUCUGUGUGUCUUGAAUGGUGCCAUCCGAAGGAAAAGGCAGCACCAGAGCAAGCUUGGAUCUUUACAGAGACAAACCAAGUGAUGAACCCCUCAUCAGGCAAGUGUUUGGCAGCAGCAGGUGGAAACGUGAUUCUGACCAGCUGCAAAUCUGCUGAAGAUAGUCAGAAAUGGGCCUUCAUCUGAAAGAAACCAUGGAUUGGAUGACACCACUCACAGGCUGUAAAACAGACACCGGCACUUGUAAAGUCCUACUAAAGAAGCUGAAAAAAAAUUGACCCCCCCCCCCCCACACCUUUUUUUUUAAAUUGGUUAACAUCAGACAUGUCUCUGGUUUUCUUUUAUCUAGGCAACACACUCUUUGUUUCCCAGGCUUUCCUCUGUGGCUCGGACAGGACAUUCUGCCUUUUUAAACAAUACUAAGAUGGUAAUUCAUAGCUUUAUUUGUUUCUGGUUAAUUCCUCACAUAACUUCAACUGGACUUUGACAAUCAUUUGCACAGAACGAUCCUUGUCUCUUCAGUUUUGUAAAAGGAAGUAAUCGCGCAAAAAGGAAGUAUUGUUGUUUAACUUGUUGCAAAAGUUCUUUGUUAAUUGGUGUUUGUGAUAUUGUAAAAUAUUUUUAACUGACAUCAAACAAUGGAAGGCGUUGGUGCUUUCCUCCCGUUACUUCUUAGAUUCUAUCAAUUGUAAAUAAUAUAUUGAAUAUUUGCAUAAUAAUAUUUAUAAAAUAGUGUUAGAAUGAC